AUGAACAGAUCAGAAUCUAAGCAGAGAAGAGGAGAACUUGUUCAAUUUUACUUUCCAUUUAAUGGAAAUAGCCCAGUUUACUUGGAGAUAAUGGGUAGAAUUAACAAACAAACUGAUAACACUGAUAAAUCCGAGACUUUCAAUAUUAAUAAUGAAGAAAAGGGUUUAUUAUUAUAUAACGUGCCUAUUUUUCUUACUAAAGAUUAUAUUAUUAAUAUUUUUGAGAAGUUUGGUUCUAUUAAAGAGAUAACUGUAAAUCAUUAUGAUUCUAAUGGGAAUGGGCUGGAAAUUAAAAACUCAACAAUCAAUACAGAAAAUUCUUGGGUAUAUAUUAUUUUUAACGAAAAGGAUUCAAUACAAAAAAUAAAGGAUGAUUCAAUUAAAAAGUGUGCUAGUUCUAUAAGAAAGCUAUAUAUUAAUGAUCAUGAUAAUGGUUUAUUGGAUAGAAACGAUUUAAGAUUUAAAAAUAUUCUUACGAGAAUUACUAAUAAAAGAGCAAAUGCGGUUUUGCUUCAAAAAGAAGUCAAUUCAUAUAUGACUAACUAUGAUAUUGAAAAAGAAAUAGAGGAAGAGAAUUUAAAGUUAGAGUCAACAAUCCCAGAUGAAGAUGGUUUCAUCAAAGUUGUUAACAAGAAGCAGAAAGCACCGGAUGGAACGGUUAUUCACAGCUUUGAACCAGAAAGGAAUUUACAAGGGUUUAAAACAAAGAAACAAAUUAACAAAAAGGAAAAAAAGAAAGUAUAUGAAGAUUUCUAUAGGUUCCAAAUAAGGGAAAAUAAGAAGAAAGAAAUACAAAAACUUAAUUAUUCUUAA